UUGAAAAGGAGGACCAGUUCCGGUUCCUUGAACAAAAACGACAGUGAUGAUGGUGAAGUAACGCUCACGAAAAGUGACGUCGUGCUCACCUUCAACAUGGAGGUUGUCGUAAUGGAGGUGCAAGGCUUGAAAGCGAUCGCACCGAAUCGAAUCGUCUACUGUACGAUGGAGGUGGAUGGGCACAAGCUACAAACGGAUCACGCCGAAGCACAACGACCAUCCUGGGACACGCAAGGGGACUUCUCGACGAAAAACCCAUUGCCUGUUGUAAAAGUGAAGUUAUACUCGGUGGUGAAAAGUAUAGUCUCCUUCGAAGACAAGGAACUUGGAAAGGUGAUCAUCCAACCGACUCCCAACUGCUCCCGAUCACCUGAGUGGUACACUAUGACGGUGCCGAAAAACAGCCCCGAUCAGCAUCUAAAGAUCCGAAUAGCGAUUCGAGUAGAGAAACCACCAAACCUCAAAUACUGUGGCUAUUGCUAUUGUAUGGGGCGGAUGGCAUGGAAGAAAUGGAAGCGACGGUUUUUUUGCCUGGUCCAAGUAUCCCAGUAUGCUUUCGCGGUUUGUAGUUUUCGGCAAAAAAAGUCGGAUCCGACAGAAUUCGUUCAAGUCGAUGGCUUCACUAUCGACUAUAUGCCUGAGCCGGAUUCAGAACUCGCCGCUCUAGGUGGAAAACACUUUUUCACUGCCAUCAAAGAAGGGGACGAGUUAAAAUUUGCAACUGACGACGAGAACGAGCGGCACUUAUGGGUCCAGGCUUUAUACCGAGCUACUGGGCAGGCUUAUAAACCUGUGCCCCCAAAGCAAUCCACGGUAGCCCCUAAGGCACAAGGGUUUCAAGAUAAGGCCAGCAAGCAUGGCUUGGACGAGAUCAUCCUGGCAGACCCGAUCAGCUUCAAUCAAGAUCACCUGUUCGCGGAUAUCCAAAGGCAAACCCUGAAUUUCCGGAUGAACGAGCCAAUCUGUUCUCUAGGUUGGUUCUCACCGGGGCAAGUGUUUGUGCUGGACGAGUAUUGUGCUCGGUAUAUGGUUCGAGGGUGCUAUCGUCAUGUUACGUUGCUCUCGAAUCUGCUCGACAAAGCUGAUCAGGGCCAACUGAUCGACCCAACCCUUAUCCACUAUUCCUUUGCGUUCUGCGCCAGUCAUGUCCAUGGCAAUAGGCCAGACGGUGUCGGCACAGUCACGUUAGAGGAGAAAGAAAAAUUCCAAGAAAUCAAAGAACGACUACGGGUAUUAUUGGAGAAGCAGAUUACCAAUUUUCGGUACUGCUUCCCAUUUGGUCGUCCUGAAGGUGCUCUAAAGGGAACAUUGUCACUUUUGGAAAGGGUACUAAUGAAAGAUGUUGUUUCACCUGUACCGCCGGAAGAGGUACGGGCUGUUAUUCGUAAAUGUCUCGAGGAUGCCGCACUCGUCAACUAUACACGGAUAUGUAAUGAGGCGAAGAUUGAGCAGCGAAUGGGAGUUGACGUCAGUCCACAGCAACGAAUUGAGGACAUGAUGCGAGUAACAGAAUACUGUAUUGAUCUGCUGAAAGAAAAUGAGGAACAUCACGGGGAGGCAUUUGCGUGGUUCUCUGACUUACUAGCCGACCAUUCGGAAAUAUUCUGGUCACUGUACUCAGUUGACCUCGAUUCUGCUAUGGAAGUACAACCAGCAGAUUCAUGGGACGCUUUUCCGCUUUUUCAAACGCUCAAUGAUUUCCUGCUCAAUGAAAAGUCGUUAAAUGGAGGAAUUUUCCACAAAAAACUCACCACUCAAUUCCAACCGCUAGUAGUUCGAUACACAGACCUGAUGGAGCAUUCUAUAUCGCAAUCAAUCGACAAAGGUUUUUCCAAGGAGAAAUGGGAACCCAGAAAAGAGGGGUGUGCCACUUCUGAGGAUAUUUACUGGAAGUUGGACGCCCUUCACACCUUCGUCGUUGAUUUGAAUUGGCCUGAAGAGGAAUUCCGUCGAUACCUGACAGUCAGAAUGAAGAGUUUGACGUCGGAUAUGAUCUCAAAGGUGGCAAGCAGCACAUACCAGCAAUUUGAUUCAUGGAUGCAACGUGCCCGAAAGUCUACCGAUUACAUCUUACCGUCGGAAGUAUGCGUCAUGAUUAACGUCAUAUUCAGCUCAAAGACCCGAGCAACAAGGAUGUCUGUUGAUGUCGGAGAGUUCAAAUACCAGUCCAAACUGGAUGAGACGUUGGACACGAUGCUUUCGGACAUGGAGACGUGCAUCCAAGACCGACUGAUUGGUGUACUGGAGUUCACUCUUGGUAAACUUGCCCGUUACGACGAAGGCAACCCCAUCGGAGCUCUUCUGAGCAUGGCGCCAAAACCGACUUCAAUAUUUAACAAAGUCAAGACGAUGGUGGGCGAGCAAGGUAUCAACAUCAGUGGCACCGCUGCAGCUACACCUACCACACCUCAAAAUGCGAAAGCUCUAGUCACACAACAGCAAUCCACCGGACACAUGGGCAACUCAUAUGUGACGUUUAUGCGCGGUUGCACAGAACAGCUACGGCAGAUUGUCACCGACGAAGUUUGGGUGAACACUUUGUUUGAGAACUGGUAUGCCAACCAAGUAAAAAUGAUCAACGAAUGGUUGACAGAGCGGUUACAGCAGUCACUGAGCCCGUACCAGUUUACAUGCCUAAGUUUCAUAGUAAAGAAAAUGUACAGUGACUUCGAGCUUCAAGGUAUCGAUGAGGAAAAAUUGAAUGGAAAACUCUACCAAGCUAUAAAUCGAAGGCUACAACUGGAAGAAACGAACGUCGCAUUGCAUGAAAACAGCAAUGGACAUGCUCCAUCUGUCUUCCCUUCGUCUCUAGGAAAUGCUUCAGCCGCCGUUUCCAAUGUCUCAAGCAUGGUUGAGGGUGCUGGCGCAAAAGUGUUUUCUUUCUUCAAAUAA